AAGAACGUCAAUGUCGUUUGUCAUUCGCGAAGCCUAUUCAUCGCAAACAAAAAUAGUGUUAAAGUGUAAGAAUCCCUCCGUACUUGCAAUGAAAUGUCGUUCCGAGGUCGAGUACUAGGGCUGGUGGAGGUAGUGUUACGAGUACCACCCCUAUUCGUCAUCGAUGAAAUCCUCAAAAUCGGAAUUUCGGGGUUUGGGGAGCUGCACGAACGCAUCCUCUCCCCAACAACAGUCUUUUAUGGGGUUCCAGACCCAGAAGACCAUGUUUUCGAAAAUACAACCACCACUAGUCAAUUUUACGACCCAAUGGUCUACGGAGUGGUGUUUGGGUACUUUCUCAGACUGUCCUUGUCAACCCUUGGAUGCGCGGCAGCAAUCGGAAUGUUCAUCCUGAGCACCAAGCACCUGAUGGUGGUGUACAUGUACCUUAUGUCCGUCGGCCUAGUUCUGACCUCCUAUUGGAGCAACGCAACAGCUGUGAAAACUGCUCUACAAGCAUCUGCAACGAACGCCACAUUGACGGCUAUACCGGACCUCCUCACCCUGAACUUCAGACGGCUCUUCCAUGAUAACUACUGGCUGGUGCGCCUAUUGCAGAACCACUUGUUGCAAACCACCAUGGCGAUCAUUUUCUUCAACAUCCAUCUGGGCCCGAGGCCUAAGCUUUUACAGAAGAUUCUACCUCUUUGCUUCAUAGUGCCGUCAAUUUUGGCAGCACUACCACUCCCUGCUGUGGUACUGAACUACAUGCCUGUGUUGGCUGCGAUUUUACCACUUCUGCUUGUUAAGUUUGUCUUGUUCUCGUCGAUAUUCCAGAUUAGUCAAUCAGUGUAUUCUGGGUACAUUCAAGCGAAGAAUUUUGUGACGAAUUUUGGGGUUUCGGCGCUGAUCGAGUUUGAGUGGUUGCGACUGAAUGUGCCCGAGGUUCUGAGGACAUUUUGGACCUUGAGGGUGCUAGAGCGCAUCGCUAUAUUUUUUCUGUCUGGGUCUUGGUCUGUCGAGGACGGAAAUUCUCCAUACUUCAGGUUGAUCAAGUUCCUCAUGGUGACCGGUUGCGACACUCUAACUGCCGUACUGGGUAUCACCAGCGUGGUAUCGUAUGUCUGCAACUACAUAGGCAAGUUCUUCCAAUGGAUCUUGUUGACGGACGACGAAGACGAUAAGAACUUUGGCACCGUUUCCGCUAUAGUUUUCUACAUUUUGGCACUACAAACUGGCCUGACCGGCUUAGAGCCUGAAGUCCGAUUCGUGCGACUCUGCAGGAAUUUUUGCCUACUGUUCACUGCUCUACUUCAUUUCACGCAUAACGUGGUGAACCCACUUCUGAUGAGUCUGAGCGCCUCGCAUAAUCCGUCACUCAAAAGGCAUCUACAUGCUUUACUAGUCUGCGGAGUCCUAGUCGUCCUUCCAUUGAUCUUGAUGUAUUUCCUGUGGAAGACUCAAGAUACCUCCACGUGGCUGCUAGCCGUUACGGCUUUCAGUAUCGAAGUGAUAGUUAAAGUCUUCGUGUCUCUAUCGAUUUAUUCGCUGUUUCUUCUGGACGCGAGGCGGGAAUCAUUCUGGGAGAAGCUAGAUGAUUAUAUCUACUACAUCAGGGCAUUUGGAAACACCGUGGAAUUCUGCUUCGGCAUUUUCCUGUUCUUUAACGGGGCGUGGAUCCUGAUGUUCGAGAGCGGCAGUACCAUCCGUGCCGCGAUGAUGUGCAUCCACGCGUACUUCAACAUCUGGUGCGAUGCGAAAGCGGGCUGGUCGGUGUUCAUGAAACGCAGGCUGGCCGUGAACAAAAUCGAGAGUCUACCGGAAGCGGAGAAGGAGCAGCUGAGGAUACUGGACGAUGUGUGCGCCAUCUGUUAUCAGGAGAUGCAGACGGCGAAGAUCACUAGAUGCAAGCAUUUCUUCCACGGCGUUUGUCUGCGGAAGUGGCUGUACGUACAGGACAGGUGUCCGUUAUGCCACGAGAUACUGCACUGUAUGAACACCGACGAAAAAAGAAACGACGCGUCGAACAACGAACAACCGUUGAAUUUGCCAGACCCAAAUAACUACGAUAGGUGAUAGGUCUAAACGAUGGUGAUUUUUAGGAUAUAUAUUUCAUAUAUUUUUGUGUAUGGGAGUGUUUAUGCAUAGCAGCAACAGACCAAAAUGUGAGUUUUAUGGACUUUAUACAACUAUAUUUUUACUUAUAAAAGCGUGAUUUGUCAUUUUCGGUUUGAUUCUUUAAACGCUAUGACACGCUAUUUUAUUUUUUCUGAUGCACGAUUUUCGAUCUUUUAUUACGCAAUUAGUAAUAUUUCAAUGGAUCGACGCAAUGAUGAACUAUGUCUAGUCCAAUCGCAGAGUGUGAAAAGUCUCGCAACAAAAAUUAGUUGAUUGUAGCGAACACUUGGAAAAUCAUUUGAAAUUAUAUUAUCUGUAAAAUAGUCGAGAUCCUUUGAUUCUCCGAAUGCAGUUUAUAUCAAACUAAUAAAUAAAUCCGUUUAACUAGAGUUGCCUAUCGGCAGCUUGCAUCAAAAAGGUUUGGUUCUAGGUGAAAAGUAAGUGUUUUGUAAAAAUAUCUGUUGACAAUGGUAAUGUGGAUUGCUACCAGCAAUAAGUUGGCCAGUAGUUGUAGUAGUAGUAUAGUAGUAGUAGAGGUGGUGGGGAGAGGAAGCCUGGCAACCAUGCCAUCUAAAUAGGAUCCUUUUUGACUACCCUGUUUUACCAUUUGGUAGUGGUUUAUUCGUACACUGGUCAGAGGCUUGUCGGUGACUGUGUCUGGGAUCCGGCCGUGUGAAUUCCGUUUACACACCGAAGCAGCAUGACCGGAAUCCGAGUGGCCGGAUCUGGUACACGGUCACAGUCAGGUUGUCGACUGCUGUACGAUCAAAGCAUACACUUUAUUUCUAUAGCCAAUCAAAAGCGUAUCACAACGGUGACCUUUUUCAGUACAUUGACUUUUUAUGUGUACAAUGUAAAAUUACCGGGGUUGGACGCGUAUUGAUAUACCGCUGCAAAAAAUAAGAUAUACCCUCCCUCACCUCCUAUAACGCCAGGAUGACCCCCAACCCCCGAUUUUUAAACCCUCCAAUUUUUUUUCUGGUAAUGAUCAGGAGCAUCUGAAACAUCCAAAAACGAAGUUUGGAUGUUAUUUUUUUUUGUUUUUGCCCUUUACGUCGCCUCCGCUGGACCGAUUUUCAAAAUAUACAAGGAUUUUUUGGCCUUGGCAUAGUGGUUAUCUCGUGUGAAAAUUUCAUCAAAAUCCGAAUGGUCGUUUCCAAGUUGUAGAACCUCCCCACCAUCUUACAACCCGCAACCCCCUAAUUUUAACCCCUCUAAAAAAAUUCUUACUAAGUUGUAAGAUUAGCGGACAGACCGACGGAAGUGAGUAACAUGGUUUUUCGUGAUGUACAGUAAUGGACAAAAGUAUAUAGACAAAUUAAUAUUGUGCUGUAUUUCUUUUUUAACUUGUUUUAUUAAUAUACCAACCUGUAUACAUACUUCGUUAUAGCAUAAUACUCACUUAUACAUAAAUAAAUUCAUUAGACUUCCUUCAAUAAAAAAUUAAUUGAAAAAACGAACUAUGAAGGACAAAAAUAUAUACACAAAGCAAAAUAAAUAUAGAAAAAAGGAGUUCAUUGAAUUAUAGAAAACCAACCAUGAUUGUGUUAAUAUUUUGUAGCGUAACCAUUAUUAUCAAUCACCGCCUGGCAUCGUCUCGGCAUAGAUUGUAGAAGUUUCUUGAUAUAAGAUUCAUCAAUAUGUCUCCCCUUUUGAUCUAAAGCGGCAAAAAGUUCAUCCUUGUUUGAAUAAUGUUUAUCUCGUAUUUGCUUAUCUAAGUAUUCCCAUAGAUUUUCAAUGGAGUUUAUAUCGGGAGACUGUGAAGGCCAUUUGAGAAUUGGUAUUUUUUCAUCCAGAAAGAAUUUCUUUGCCGGAUUUGAAGUGUGCUUCGGGUCAUUAUCUUGCUGGAAGAUUGAUCUUAAGGGCAUAGUGUCUUCCAUAUAGGAUAACAUGACAUGCUUUAGUAUGUCUGUGUAUACAAACUUAUCCAUAAUGCCAUCUAUUCUAUGUAAAGGUCCCAUCUUAAACCCCGAACAGCACCCCCAAACCAUAGCAGACCCGCCUCCAUGUUUGACAGUGGGCAAAGUACUUGGGGUUCAAUCUUUGUCCGCUAGGAGGUCUAACGUAAUGAACACCAUCUGAUUCAAACAUAUUGAACUUGGAUUCGUCACUGAAACAUACCCUCUUCCAGUCACAGAUGCUCCAAUCAAGAUGUCAUAUAACAUUAAAAAAACGCAAUAUCUCAUUUUAGAUUUUUUUCGAAAUUACAGUACUUUCUCGCCAGUGUGGUUUGGUAAGUGAAAGGAAGUAUUUUUAUUUAUUAGUCUUUUCAGGGUCUUCUUAGUAGUAAUCUAGUACUUUAAUCAUAAAUAGAUUAUCUAAGGGCCGUAUUGUCAGUCGUUCCUACAAUUGUAGGACGCCUUUAUGGCCUCCUUGACUUUGAUAGUUUUCUACAGUACCAUGUCAGCGCUCUAUUUUGAGGUUAUAUUACAAAUAUCUAUUUGCAUCAAAUUAUUCAGGCUUUUUUUAUUUAUAUCAGCCUGAAAUUUUCUGCAAUUAGAAAAGAAAACAUAAAUUCACAAUAUGAGAGCGCUGACGCUAAUACGGAACCGUGGAAGUCUAGAAAUACCCCAGCCUUUCUGAAGGAGAGAAAAGACUAUGAAAAUCAAAAAGGUCAUGAAAACGUCCUACGACUGACGACACGGCCCCAAUCUGUUUUAAAUAGAAAAUACAUCAAGUUGGAGUUUCAUCGAUAUUUCCACGAUCGCUCAAUCUAUUUACAAGUGUUACAAGUUUUGGCACUUUUUGAUGUCGCCAUGACGACGGUGUUACUUUUCGUUUACAUAUCAUCGAUUACAAAAAUUGGCCCUAAGGUAACCGAUUGUUGGGUAAACCAGCUCCAACGAUGUUAAUUCCGAUGCCGAGAUUUGAACCCCCGCGACCUGUGGAGACGAUGACCAGCCGCCGUCACAGGAAAAUACUAGGCUUCCCAGUCCGUUUAAGUUAGCCAUAUCAUUACGUUUUGUGUUUGCAUUUGAAAUUACAAUAACAUCUAUCAGUAUGUUUGAAUUAAAUGACCUAUACCCCAUUCGUAGUCCAUUUACGCCCAGACAAAACAAAGCAUGCCCAAAAGCGAGAUUGUACAGGUCCGUAUUUUCCUCAAUAGUCUUGGAAUAAUCUAUCAAGAUAAAUGAUUAUAUUUAUAGAAAGAAGUGCGCAUACUUUUCACAAUUCUUUUUUCGCUUUAAUUACUUGAAUCAUCGUCCGAGUGGUUAAUAUUAAUUAUUACAAGUUCGAUUUGAAUAUCGACCAUAUUGUCCAGAUCCCACAUAUUUGUUUCAAUUGUCUCUUGAACGUGACGGAUGCAAUCCUUCCAAUGGUUUGCCGUCACUGUUGACAGCUUCAAAAAACAAAUUUUUCACGUCAGAAAAUUUGAAAGUCCUAUUGUUUGAAGCCGCAUAGUUUUUUAUAUUUGCCCAAAUCAUUUCAAUGGGAUUAGGGAUAAGGGGGUAGCCUUCAAACGGUCUUAUUUUGGUUUUUAGCCAUUUCGUCAAUGAUAUUAAGAUUAUAUUUAUAUUUGUGCUGCCUGACUAGAUGUAUAAGUUCUGCUUUGACCAUAUUUUCAUUGAAACUAGUGACAUUGUGGGAAUUUUUUCUAGUUUUAUAGUGUGGUAUGCAGCAUUAUCAAGUACAAUGACGGAAUUGUCGUCCCAUACUUUAGGUUUUGUACGUCCUGCACUUAUCCACAUUUCAUCCAAGUAAUAAAUCUUCCUGCCCUGGUCGCGGUACUUCUUUAUUGAUUUUAAAUAAUUUCUUCUACAUAAAAUAAUCUCUUGGCGGUCCAUCAAAAUACUAUCUCUGUCAAGACUUCUAUACUCGAAGCUCUUUGAGUGAACUAAGUAUACAAAGUAGUCUUUUUGAAAGUAAGUAAGUCUUCAUCACUAUUAACCUCCUCUAAUACUUUAUCCAUUGGUGGAAGUUCCUGCAGUUUAAAAAAUUGUUGGACUUUGCGGCUGAUGGCAUUCCGAUCAAAGUUAUCAACUGUAUCCAACAGCUUCGUGUAAAGCAGCCUCUUGUGUGGUGGAGACAUUUUUUAUUUUUUUUAUAAUCUUCAACAAUACUGAAAAUUAUCUUAGGACAUAAGCCUGUGCCGCGCUGCAUGUUUGUUGUGCGUAAAUGGACUACGAAUAGGGUAUAAUACUGCACCUACUAAUGAUUGCUUUUUGGGAUGUUAUUAGGUUAUUAUAUUUGUACUGUGACCAGCUGACUGAUAGCAAAACAAGCACUUUAUGCUAUUUGACUGGUUGGUUUUAUUUUUUGCUUGCUUGCAACUGAUGAAACCUAGAUUUCAGUUUUACAGUCUAGUUUAUUUUGUUUGCCACUUGAAACUGUAAACUAGCAUUAGGCUAUCCACAUCGCGAUUGGGCUAGGGCCUUUCAGUUUCCGCCGUCUCGCCUCGUAACUGGUUUUGAAGAAAUUACGUUUCAUCAUGAUAAUAACCUCCAACGUUAGGAGGCACAUACUUUUUAAUGGGCUCGACUUAUUUUCCAUCUUUAGAUAGUAUAGUGUAAACGCUACAGUGAAUAUCCAUCUGUAUGCUGUAUAUUACAAGACAUAUCAGAAAUUGGGUAUCCAGAUCCAACCCAGAGUUGAAUAGAGAGCCAUCUUUUUAUUUCUUAUUGUUACCUAUAUGAUUACAGAUUUUACUUACUUUAUUUUGGUAGUGUCUUUUUGUCCAUCUUAAUCAAAUUGUUGAUGUAAGUAGAAACCUAGAUUAUACGUUUUUGCUGCCAAUCACUACAGUGCAGCUUACGCGCUCUUAUCAUGUGAAAAUUGCGACUCAGUUUAACAACAACUGUUGGUGUCAAACGCAAAAAUUUCUACUACGGUUGUUCAGCAGUUACGACUAGAUAACCGACUAACUACAGAGACUGCGCGUCCCUGAAGUUGGUUGCAGAUUAGCUGGCCAUUCGUACUGGUUCUUUCGCGCGGAAGAUCCUGAGGCGUCUAAGAAAGGCAUGUGAAAUCAUUGGGUAGACGUUGCUAGGUGCUACACCAUAUGAGAAAACUGGAAGGGAUUUUAGGCUUUUUUCCACCUGGAGCGGCUGGUACUUACCAUAGAAAGACCGCGCCACGUUAAUGGGUCUCAAGUAUACAAGUACAAGUAACUAUUAUGUCAACCGUCGUAUUUUGUUCUGGUCAACAACGCGUUAUUUAGAAAUGUUCCUUCGUACACAAGCAAGAUUUUAACGCAAAGAUGUCACUUGCUGAUCAGCUCUUCACUUCAGUAGGUGUAAAAACGAAAUGGAUGGAAAAAUACUCUACUAAAUCUUAGGGGUCUAAGGAGACUAAAAAAAUAUAUGUAAAAGACAAACAAAAAUUCGGAUAUAUACGGUGAGGUUGAAAUUUGGCUAGCGUGCAAUAGGUACUAGUUAGAAAGAGUGUCCAGAAGGCUUGACCUCGUACUCGGCUUGCUAGGCAACGAGGUACACAUUACGACGUCAGUGGUAUUGGAUGACCAUUAAAACAAAACUAUAAAGGAAAAAACACGUAUGUUCUUUUAUUGGUAUCAAAUAUGUUACAAAGGCCUGAUAAUUGCGUUUCGAUCUUUAAAAUCGCAUACUUUUUAGCUAAUCAUAUUUUCUCCAAAUCCAGCAUUGUAUCUUCAAUUCUCGCCCAUAGCUACAGAAAAAUGUGCAUAGGUAUAUUUUUCUGUCGUUUUUCUCCAACAAGCAUGGGGUUUCAAAAACAGACCAUUCCAAAUGAUACGUCAAAUGAUACACAUAUUUCACACUUUCUAGAUAGCGAGAACUUAAAAAUGACCAUCACACAGAAAAGCUCGACAGUAUUGUUAUGUCGGCCUUUCCGCAAUUAAAUUCAUACCUAAGUUAUUUGUCUCGACCCGUUAGUAUCACCAUAGAUCCAUUUGUUUGUAUGUACCCAGCAACCAGAUAAACAUAAUAAGCUUCGGUGACUCCUUUUCUAAUUACAUACCUCACUCAGCAUCAUUCGCUUGGCUGGAAAACUUAUUUACCGUCUCCUACAUGCUUGGCAAAAUUGUCAGCAGUGAGCCUCUCGCCGAGCGACUGCUUUAGUUGGUUCUGCCGGUCAACUCAUCUACAGGUAAGGUAAAUCGUCUGGAAAUAUAGUCGUGUAUGGGCAAUAACAAUAUUUUCCGCGGGAAAGAAUAUGUGUGUAUGGCCAGCUAUUCGCCAGCGACGCGGCGGUAUUCAGUGUAAUUGGCAAAGCAGUGCCAGAGAUGUGUGUGGGUUCAAAUCCCGCUGGUGCCAAAUUUCUACCAGUGUGUCAUGUUCUGAUGGAUGAAAAAUCUUUAAGCAAGAUUUGAUUGAGUUCACUUAUUAAUUUUUCAUUGAUAUGGGUUUAAGAUUUACGUAUUUAAUUUUUUCUUGUAUAUUAUGUGAGGUAUAUAUUUUUCUGCUUGUAUGAAUGAGCCAGGGUGUUUGAAGAAUCUCACGAUUCCAAUUUUCUCUAUUUGUGGAGUCAAGCUGUAAGCCAGUGUUCCAAAAGUUGGGAUUUUUCUUUUCCGAAAUAACGACUCUUGUAUUAGCAAAGCUAGUGUGCUUUCAAUCAGUAGCGAUAAAAUAAAACAAAAAUUUGAACAAAAUACUCAAUUUGAUGAGAAAUCUCCGAUUCGAAAACAUUUACCAUAAACUUACAUCAUAUCUUAUAAAAUCAAACGUCAAAAAAAAAAAAUUCAAAAUUUACGUUGUAGAUUCAUUAACAACUUAAGAAAAUAUGAUCAUAUCAGCUCAUAUUUCGAAUAGCUGAAUUGGUUGAAUAUUGCAAAAUUGUACAAUGUCUAAGUAAAUAUAAAAAUUACCCCCUAAGGUAUUAGAAUCUGAAUCAAUCGAAAUUAAAGCAUGCUGAGUCAAAGGGCCUUAGCCUGAUUUCGAUGGAUGUCGGCUCUGAGAACCCCUAACAUCACAAACGUGUUUUUUUUUCGAAAAUAGUUUUUUACGGUUGCAACUUUGCGCUAAAAAAAAAUGAAAAAAAAAACUGCUGUUGCUACAUUGGUAUAUCCUAUAUAACUUUAUUUUUUAUAGAUUUUUAGAACUUGCAGGGUCGAGAAAAUAUUUUUUUAAUUUUAUUUUCAAUUUUUUUGAUAGAUAAUGAGGAUUUUGCAAACAAAAAAUCCACUGUGUAUCAGUGCUUUCUCUGGUUAUUUUCGGAUCCACUAACAACAUGAUUAAAAUAUCAAAAAAUCGGAAACCGCACUUUCCAAUGUUAGACUUUUUCAGAAUUAAAUAUAAUAGCUUUGCUAACUCAAAAACUCAACAUAUAGAUUUUUUUCUAUUCUUCCAGGUUCCAGAAUCAAAACUUUCAUUUGUUUCCUGAAAAAUUGUAAAAAUAGGAAAAACCGCAUUUACGAUGUUUUUCUUUGAUUUUUGAUGCUUUUGCUCAGGAAAUAGCUGGAUAACACAAUAACCCACUAUAUGGAUGCAUUACCUAGGUUUUUUUUUUUCAAUUUUCAAUUGUGAAUCGUGGUCCGGAAAAUAAUGAAAAAGGAAAAACCGUGUUUUCCCUGAUUACGCUUCAAUUUUUGACAUACUUGGUCAGCAAAAGAAUGCUUGGCUAAAUCAAAAAAGUACACAUAUGCGUGGAUUGAAUUGUUGUGUUAGCGAAGUUAUAAUCUCCUGAAAGUGGGAGGUUUUUCGAUUUCUGGCGAUUUUUUGGUCAAAAAUUCAAUAUUCUGUUAGUGGAAAAGAACGCUAAAGAGCACUGAUAUUCAGUGGAUUUUUCAGUUUGCGAAAUUUUCGUUACCUAACCAAAAAUUCGAAAAACAUUUAAAAAAAAUCACCCACAAACCUAUAAAAAAUGUAACAAUCCAGCAUCAGUAAUCUUUUCAAAAUUUUUUGAGCAAAAUUACACCCGUGAAAAAAUAUUUCCGAAAAACACGUUUCUGAUGAUAUAUAUAGCCAACCUAUCAAUCUGAAAAAUUGUAUCAGAUGAUUUGACCAUCAUUUUGCUUUCUCGAAACUCUACAGCUGUUGUUUGUUUUUUUCUAGAAUGCGCAGUUUCCGAAAUAUUCAGGUGGGGAGAUUAAAAUCUGACACUGUGUAUAAUAAAAAAAUUUCUCAAUUUGGAUCACUUCUUGGAUUCAUGUUGGUCAGUAGUUACUUAUAAUUUAUAUUAUUAUAUAUUAUAUAUUAUAUUUUAAUUAAUGUUUUUAUAAUUUGAAAAUAUCUUACUAAAGCUUUUUGAGGUUCACCAGUUCCGGCAACAUCGCUGAAUAAGAAAAAAAUGUUAUCCUUAAAUAACAGAGCUUCUUAUUUCCAUAACGGAGAACGAAGGACCGUCUUGCUACUAGUAAGACUCAGAAUAACGAAAAUCAUGUCCAAGGAACAAAAUAACUUUGCUAAAAAGUUCUAAUAAUUCCGUGGAAAGCAAGCAGUUUUUUGUCUGAACCUAGUAUCUUGGUUAUCCUAGGUCUUUUGUGUAUGAAUACGCUCUGUUAAGGAAAGUGCCAACUUUGAGGACAUUGUAUACGUAUAAUAAAUCACCAAUAAAUUAUAUAUAAAAAUACAUUUGCAAAAAUAUAUACUAUAUUUUUACUGCUGUGAUACAUGUAUGGUUGCUUUCGAAAUAUUUAACAUGCGUAGAGGUAUACUGGAUUUCGAUAAUGACGAAAAAUGAGUAAUUUGAAAAAAUUGUAGGACAAAAAUAUGCUAGAUUUUUAGUGAUUAUUUCAUCUCUUGGCUUGCGGAUCAAUCAAUUUUGCAUGCUUUUUGAAAUACGAGUAGAGUUCUAUUCAUUUCACGGUGGUAGAAAAUGUAUGCAGUACUACUACACUAUAUUUGUAUAACUCCCCAGUUUUGCAUUUGAGAUUACACAAAAUGUUAUUUUGAAUUGCAAAUGCUUUUUUUGGAAGGUCCAGUAUACAAGCGUUAUGCAGGGUAUAAAAACGAGGUAGUUUUUGGUUUCAUGUAGUUACUACGUAAUUUAUUAUAAAAGAUAUGGAAGGUUAUAGCCAAUACAAUUGGAAGUCAAAUUGCAAGUAUUUAUCUAGUUUAUCAUUUCUGUUAAUCGUUAAUUCAAAAAUGUCUUCAAUAAUACUUUUGUAACUUACAUGUAAAAUCAAUAACAUCAGUAGUAAUCACUUUAAGAUGUUUUCUUCUUCAAAGACAUCCAUUAAAUUUAAAAGUAAUGUAGUUACUUAUCUUUAAGGGUACACAUAAGAUUUUGGUAAUUCUAGCACACUUUAGCUUGGAAAAAAUCAAAUUAUGUAUAAUUCGAAGAUAUAUUUUAUGAAGAAGACCUGUGCAUGUUGAAGAUUAUGUUAAUACUGAAAUAGUAAUUCAUAUCUGUUCUCAGUUGAGUUGAGCUUUAUCUCGUAUACCUGUUUUAGUAUACAAUAUGGCCAAACCGCUUUUUUUAAUCUCUUAAUACGUACUGGCUAGUGAUUAUGUUAACACUGAACGAAAUAGGAUAUGCUUUAUUUUUAGGAAAUCUCAGAAUUCUGUAUGUGCAUACAGCAAACCUUAGGAACGCAGGUUUACUUUUUCCUUUGGUGUACCAUAGUGAAUUCUGAGGAAACCUAAUGCAUCCAUUAAACAGUAACAUACAAUAUAUCGAAGUAUUGCAGAAAAAUAUUUUUGAAAAAAUUAUUGUCUCUUUCUUUUAGAGCUGCCUAGCAAUAGCAUCGUUUUAUAAUACCUUUUUACUUUAGCACUUAAGAAAUAAUUUCUUUAUACACGCCACAUUUUUGGAAGUCAAUACUUUUAACUAAGACCACUCUAGUGUAUAUUUUUGUUAAAACUUCUAUUUAUACAGUCCUAAUUUUUGUAAAUAAACCAUGUACAGUUACAUAUGCUAUGAAUACAUUAUAAAUGUUAAGUGUAUAUGUUAUUUGUUUUUCAUUCAAUAAAUUUAAUGUGUAUUCUAUAUAGCACUUAUCUGUAUAGAUGUUGGUGGUAUAGAAUACAAUAAAACGUAUCCUA